AUGUACUCGGCGGCCGCAGUUCUCGCUGAAUCCCUCAGGAAGACGGGCACUUCCCUGCCCCUCUGUGUAAUAGUAACUCCCUCGACAAUGUCUGCCGACGCAAUUUCCAGCCUCCAAGCCAUCUUCGAACAGGUUAUACCCGUGUCGACGGUGACUGCUCUGACGGCAGAUAACCUAAACAUCAUUGGGCGGCCCGACUUACACGCGACAAUGACCAAGAUCCAGCUGUGGUCUCUGACACAGUUCAAGAGGCUGCUCUAUCUGGACGCAGAUACCCUCGUUAUGUCAAAUCUCGACCACCUCUUCUCCCUCCCGGACACAAUCCCCUUCGCAGCGGCACCGGAGAUCGGGUUCCCGGACUGUUUCAACAGCGGCGUCAUGCUUCUCCGCCCCGACAUGAAGACGUACGACGAGCUGAUGAGCUUCGCGUCCAAGGUAGACUCCUUUGACGGCGGAGAUCAGGGCUUGCUCAACGUGUUUUUCGGCGACGGCACUCGGAACCACCCCUCGCAACUCCUGCUGAAAGGCACGAGACAGACAGAAGACGCAGCCGCCGAGCGGAACUGGUUCCGGCUGAGCUUCACUUACAACAUGGAGAUGCACAAGGUGUAUCGGUUCUACAUCCCUGCGGCCUUGCGAUACAGGGACGAACACAAGGUCCUGCACUUCAUCGGCAAGGACAAGCCAUGGCAUUUUGACGGCGGCAAGGUCGAGAUGCCGGAGGAUGCGUCGGCGUAUCACCACUUCUACGCGGAUAUGGUGGGGAAAUGGUGGGAUACGCGGAGGUCUAUGCAAGCUGCGCUAUGA